UAGUCACUGCUUUUUUAAAAAAACUUUUUUUUUUUGUGAAAAGGUAGUCUCUAUGCUCACCUAAAUCCUCCAAAACCUCGAGAGGAGCAGAGCGCAGAAAGAAGAACAAAAGCCAAAAAGAUGAGACCACCACGUGGCGGCGGGAGCUUCAGGGGAAGGGGAGGAAGAGAUAGCGGCGGACGCGGAGCUGGUGGACGUUUUAAUAGCUUUGGUCGUGGAGGUGGCCGCUUUGGUCGCGACGAAGGACCUCCCAGCGAAGUUGUUGAAGUUGCAACCUUCCUCCAUGCUUGUGAGGGUGAUGCUGUGACCAAGCUCUCGCAUGAGAAAAUCCCCUACUUUAAUGCCCCAAUCUACCUUCAAAACAAGACUCAGAUUGGAAAAGUAGAUGAGAUCUUUGGUCCCAUUAAUGAAUCUCUGUUUUCUAUCAAAAUGAUGGAAGGUAUCGUAGCGACCUCGUAUAGUGAAGGUGAUAAGUUCUUCAUCGACCCUGCCAAGCUUUUACCUUUAGCAAGAUUCCUUCCUCAGCCAAAGGGACAAUCCGGUAGAGGCCGUGGUUUAGGUCGUGGAGAUGGAAGAGGAAGAGGCCGAGGUAGAGGCGCUCCGAUGAAUCGUGGCAGAGGUGGUCCGCUGAAUCGUGGCAGAGGUGCUCCUAGGGGACGUGGCGGAUUUUCCAGAGGCCGAGGGAGAGGAUACUAAUCUAUAGCCUUAGCAUGUAAUUCCUCUUUUUAAUCUUGGAUAAUGAAAAUGCUUUUAAUAACCAUGAUGAUGAUAAUCGUUUUCCAGACUCUAGUGUUUGAUACUUUGGUUAAUCAAGUGAGUAAAAUGUCGAUCAACUUUCAGA